UGUAUAUAUGUGUAUAUGUAUAUAAUCAGUGUAUAUAAUCCGUGUAUUUGACUUCGAAAGAACACUAAUUUAACGUAGAUUAACGAUGUUAAUCGUUCUCUGGGUUCCACAGUCCUAAAGAUAUGCAGACAUGAAAUUGACACGGCACCCCCCACGACCCUCAUGUGGAGGAACAAGUGGUAGAAGAUGGAUGGAUGACUAAUAGAAUAGGAUAGAGAUAAGAUAAGUCAGGAUAGGAUAUGAUGACAUGUAGUACUGGUUUAUUGAUCUUGUUUUAUUGGGGAAAUUCACAUUGACACAGCAACACAACGGGUAGCAGCAAAGUCCAGUAAAAGAUAAUCAAGGAUAAAAAAUGUUUAACUGAAAUAGAAUGACAACAAAAUAAAGGACACGUAAGAUUGAAAAAAAACGAAGUAAUUUGGGUUGAUUGAACCUUUACUCACAAGCCCCUCCUCCUUCCAAACACCUGUUUCUAACUGUCCAAAACUGGUGAAAAACAGAAAGCAACAUGUUUUAAAGUUGUCUCCAGAGCACCUGAGACUGCAGAGCCAUCGAGCCCAAAAAUGCCCAUGUGUAACUGUUCAUCCAGCUCAAAUAUUUGUGUGUGUGUGUUGUAUGUGUCUGUUCGAGGAGACUUGAGGUGGGAUGAAGGUGGGAUUAUGGGAUGGCCCUAUAUUUAACAAGGCCCUGUGAGAGUGUGACCAAAGUAACUACUGGAUUAUCCAGAUUAGGGACUGAUGAUUUGAGUCAGCACUUCACUGCUCGAUUGUUUCUCCAUGCAGUCUUCCUUUGUCUGUGUCAAACGCACACGGAGGAGGAGAAAACAACACACAGACAGCACACAGCAAACAUUAGCUCAAUUUUAUAUUAAAGGUCUUUAAAGUGUUUUAAUGUCAGUGAAUUUAAUGUCUUACACAUCAGGAAACUUUUUUUAGAAACAAACAUUUGGUUGUGUAACUCGUCGUGGUUAUGGAUUGUUUUUAAUGAAUCAUGGUGAUACAGACGCAUUAGAGUUAAAAUAGAAAUAAAAUAUCCAUUCAUCCUUUAUUUUUUAAUAAAUGAUUUAUUUGUUUAAAUAAAAUGUUGAAAAACAUUUUUAAAAAAGUUUGAUCAUACUGCUUAUCAUGUCUAUGUACUAGGAGGCAACAAGCCACCUUAGCAUCUUAGCAUCAACACUGGAAAUAGCUCACGGGGCCUGAAACUUCCUGAAGUAUCCACUGGUUACCUAGCAACCAGCAGAGAAAGUCUGGUAAACGCUGUAUCUAACUACUCUCGUUACAAUCUAAUCUAAGCAGAUGCCAUCAAACAGUUAAAAACACACAAAGGUAUUUCAUUUAUGCCAUUUAUGAUAGAGUGAAUACAAUCGGUGAAGUGAUUAUUUCAGACAUUCAUUUUGUGAAUCCUGAAAAUGUUGUUAAUGCAAACAGGAACAUAUUAUACUGUAAGUGAAGCCUGUGCAUUUGAAAUGACAGCUUUUGUCAUUCAUUCAUUCAUUCAUUCAUUCAUUUCUCAGCCCAUUCCUCUGCUGCUUAUAUAACAUCACGUCUGUCUUGACUGGCUCAGCAGAUUGCCAGCUAUGGAUGGAUGUGGGUGUAUUCCAGGGCCUUAAAUCAACCUUAUUCCUAUGCAAAAUCAUUGCAAUGCAAUUUAUGGUAAUGACAGCUGAUUCAUGUUUCCCUGUCUUCUCACUAUAGGCGACUCUUUCAUUUUAGCUGGGAAUCUUUGGUUUAAAACUAUACUGUUUUCAUUUUGAUAUUUGAUUUAGCUUCGAAUCGAGAGCCCAUGAGACUCUGGACGUCUUUAUAGCUUUUAUUAUUUCUGAUAAAAGUUAGUUGUGCUCAUGUUUUUUUGUAUGUUUUCACUCUUUUUAUUCUUUAAUUACUAUUUCUAUGAGUUAGUUUUUAUUUUAACCCGGGUUCUGCAUGGAGCUUGCAUCUUCUCCCUGUGUGUGUGCGUGGGGUUUUCUCUGGGUUCUCCCGUUUCCUCCCACAGUCCAAAAACAUGCAGAUUUGGGGAUUAGGUAAAUUGGACACUUAAAUCGACCGUAGGUGUGUGAGUGUCUUUAUUUGUGAAGCACUGUCUAACCCUGUUGAGGGGUGCUACAUAAAUAAAGAUUACCAUUAUUAUUAUUAUUACUACAUUAUCAACUGCCGUGCCUGUUCUGACGAGCAUGUUGUGUGACAACCUUAGCUUGUCCCUGUUUGGUCUUGAGAUUAUGAGACGUAUUGUCCACCAAACUCACAAAUCCUGCAGUGAAAUGAUGCACCAACGAACACACUCCAUCCUCACCACGAUCUUGGGUUCUGUGUUGUCUCCAGUUGGAAGCCUGCUCCUCCAGGGUGCAGCCAUGUUCACCUCCUGUACAGUUUUGGCUUCUGUCAGCAUCAGUCAUGGACUAGUGUUGCUGUGGGUCAUGUUUUUGUCUCCCACUCAGCAUGACAAAGUUACUCCUCUGUAAAAGGAUUUUUUUUGGCUGAAUCAUCUCUUCAAGGGCAUGAUAUAACACCCUCAAGUAGGAAGGCCACGUGGCCAAAAGGCUCACCUGUGUUUGCGGUGACCAUCUGCCACUCUCUGUCUAAAUCCCAUCUUCAUUACACACCAUUCUAGAGAGGGAACUUCUUCAGCCUCGUCUGGUGGUUAACGAUGAAUCCUCAUGACCUAUACAGCUCUGGGUGCGAGGAAGAAUUGCAUAAGCAGCAUGAGGAAGACGUGGGAGCGUGAAGGCAGGAAGCAACACUGAGAUGUGAAAAUGGGUGACUAAUGUGGGAUCUGCAGUGCAUUGCUCCAAUUAUAUACUGUACCUAUUUGCCUUUUUUCCUCCUCGUUAGACAGGUGACGCCUCCACAGAUUCAGUGUGAAGCAGGGCAACAGAAACGCAGCCAUGAAGACAGAAUGAAUAGAAAGAGGAGGACAGAGGGAGUGAGCGAGGGCAGAGACACAGAGACAGAAGAUAUACUUGACCAUGUGGGUGUGAGAAGUAUCAAGGCAAGCAUCACAAUUGUGGAUUCUUCUCAGAGCAGCUGGACGCGUUACUGGAGCAGCAGGACAUCACUGGUCUCUCUGAGUGUGUUAUUUUCUACUCCAAAACAGGGGGAGUCGGGAGCACAAAGGGCUUCAUAAGAGACAUUUCCAAAGGCAAAAUGGACUCUGUUUUGUUCCGGCUCGCCAAGGAAUUCGUCAGCUGGAUUCACAACAGUACUUUAACAACUUGAAGUGGUGAUGAAGACUGGACAAUUACAAUGCCUCUCAUGAUGCCUCUCUCCUAAUAACCAAAUAAUUAAUUCAAAACAAUCUGUAUGAGAUGGCCGUGACUCCUGUAAUCAUCUGCCUCCUGUCACUGAUUGGCAGUGGUUUAUCGCAUCCUUCUCCUCCUCCUCGGGGAUGCGGCGUGGAUGUGGACCCUCCGUACAGAGUGCUGUGUGACCUGGAGUCGGUCUGGGGUGUGGUUCUGGAGGCCGUGGCUUGCAGUGGUGGUGUCACCUCUCUGGUACUCGCCGGGCUCCUGCUCGCCAAGCUUCGCUCCAUUUCUGACCCCGCCAGGCGCUCCAGCGUAGGCCCUCUUCUCCUGCUCCUUGGCACGCUCCUCGGCCUUUUCUCUGUUUCUUUAGCUUUCCUGGUAGGGAAGACCCAGGCACUCUGUGUGGUCCGCAGGGCCUUCUGGGGCCCCCUCUUUGCCCUCUGCUUCUCCAGCUUGCUAGUGCAGGGUGUGAGGCUCAGGAGGCUGGUGGCUGGUAAGACAAGCCCAUCGGGCAGCUCUCUGGCUGCACUUGGCCUGGCCUUGGCCUUGGUUCAGGGCAUCAUCUCUGCUGAAUGGGUCCUGCUGACUGUGGUCAGGGAGGGUCACCCAGCCUGUGAAUAUCCCCCUUUGGACUUUGCUCUGACUUGCAGCUACACCCUUGGGCUCCUCCUCAUAGCCAUGGGGCUCUCCCUGGGCGUGGUGCUCUGUGGAGGAGAAUUGGUGGCACGAGGAGGAAGUGAGGAAGACAGAGAAGGAGAAAGUGAAAAACGGAAAUGGAAGUGCAAUGCCGUCUGGCUCUUCCUGUCCAGUCUGGCAUCAGCGCUGCUGUGGGUGGCCUGGCUUGGCUUUUAUCUGUAUGGCAGCCAAAUGAUGAAGGGAAAGGGGAAAGGAGAAAGGUUAGGAGGAGAAGGGAAGAAGGAUCUUAAAGUCUUGGAUGAGCCUGCGCUGGCGGUGGCCUUGGUUAUUCAGGGCUGGAUUCUGCUGCUGUUCCAUGCUAUUCCCGAGACGCACCUAUGCCUUCGAAAUGCUCCACAGUCCAACAACGCACAAGAUUUCUUCAACUCGAGCCACGCGUCACCUGCAGCUCCUUUUGGAGAGGAGCUACCAGCACACGCUCACCGACCCUUCCCUGAAAAUCAAACCUUUUCUAUGGAGGAUCACAGUGCAACUCUUCGGAGCGGAACGUACCACAGCAGCCACGGGAGCAUGCGUCCAGGCAUCGCAUUCAGAGGUCACGUCUACCAACCCACUGAGAUGGCUCUGGUCAUGAACGGUGGCACAAUGCCCACAGCCCCAAUUAACUACACCGGACGCCGGUUAUGGUAAAAUGGGACUAGACUUCAAGAGGUUACAUUUGUGAUAAAAAAGGAAUUUUAUGUUUUCUAACACAGAGACAGAAAUGUUACAAUCAGAGAAAUCCCUCUGACGGGAUUUGACCGGAGUUUAAAUAUGUUCAGUGUGUUUGCGUGACUUUGACAUUUUAAAAACAGUAUGUAAUAGUAUUUUUUGCUGACAUUUCUUAAAUGCCUCUUUAUCAACAGACUGGACAUGAAAUCACAAGCGAGGGAAGAGAAGGCGAUGCAGCUUCCACAUUUUGACAGCCUUUAGCGAUAGAGAGUGACUGUCGGGAUUUUAUUGUGUGUAAAUACGCAGGUAACAAAUCUACAAGGAGAGCUACUGACGUUAUGUAUAAAGCACAGAGCAGAUGCCAGUGUGUCAGUGCGACAGAAUCUACAUUUAAGGAUGAUUUCAUUGUGCCGAAGCAGCAGUAUAUCAAUGCUGCCUGAUCACCGUCACUGAUGUUUGUUCUGUAAAAACUCAACUCCCUCCACUUUCUGUUAAAUAUCAAUACACAAGUGAACCCUUUGGCUGUUUAUGUAAAUUAUACACCCACAACGCUUGCUUGGCCUCGGUUUUUUUCUGGCUAAAAAAGCCCCAAAGGACUCAAAUGGUGGUGUUUUUCUCUCCACAUCUCAUUUCAUUAUCAAUACUGCUGCAGUGCUUUGCAGAUUCUACCGUGUGUUUUGAUAAAUUCCGUGUAUUUGACAGAGCUCGUGUACAUUUAAAGGGGGAGCAACGAGUUUAAGGGACAACCAGUUUUUAAUAAGCGUGUGAUUAUAAAAAGCCAUGAAAUACAAUAGCGUCUCUGCAGUAUGUGGUCGACUGUUGGGGAUUGUGAUUUUGCACUUUAUGAUCGCUGAUCUUCUCUGGACAUUGUGAUAUUUGGGGUUUAAAGGUGCAGUGUGUAAGAAUUACAGACAUCAAAUGGUUUUUAGUCGGUCGUCAUUUGCAGUGAGCUUCCGCUUCACAAUGCAAAACGCACACUCUGGCUGGUUUAAAGCAAGAGUGCAUAUAAAAGGCGUAUUCGAAUGCUACAAAAAACAAUACAAACUCAUUAAUAUACACUUAUAUCAAGAUACUUAUGGGCAGUUUAUUACAUGUCUGCCAAUAAACCCCGCCACAUUACACACUGGAUCUUUAAGGUGCAUGUACAAGUACAGUUUAAAGGCAAUAUCUUUUGUCAAAAUGUGAAUGUUUUUUAAGUGUUUUAUAGAAUUUUGAUACGCAUAUUGAAGGAAAUUAACAUUUUCAAAGCUGAUUCUUGACACUGGAAACAACAGUUGACAAAACAAUCUCGCGACCCCGGCAGAUGGCAAUUUUGAAGUGACCACAUUUACUGGUCGUUUUCAGGUUCAUCCUUUUAAUUUGAGGGUUUAAUAUAAUUUGUAUGUGGAGUAAUCACAGUGGCAUGAUGAGUUGUAAGCACCACUAUAGAAAUGCUCAUAGUGGUGUUGGACUUUCCGCACAAGGUCGAGCCAAACCUGCGUGUUACUUGUUACAAGAUGUUUGUAGCUCCUCAGGUUUAUUUUGAGAAAGAAAGUCUUCCUUUUUUCCACAGACUUCGGCUUUGAUAUUUAAGAAACUAAAGCAAAGUAAACUUAAAUUUAUAAGCUUAAUAAUAGCACUUCAAGCAUCCGCAGUUCUGUGAGAAUUGGGCAAAUCCCAUCCACAGAGGAAGGUCAUGAAACACGACAUGUCGGCUGGGUAACAUGGUUUAAUAUGGUGAGUUGUUUUGUCAACCAGUUUCAGAGUGUUUUCGUUCAUAUUUCAUUGGUACUAUCUCAUGUGUUCUGGGAUUCAGUUUCUGCUCCAUUUAAAAAAGCUCAAUUGAACACAGAGAAAAACGACAUGACAGUUUAAGUCACAUUACUGUGACUUAAACUGGUAACAUUUCAUGUGUACUGUUUUUAUUAUGAACCUGCAAAGUUGCUGUCGUUAAACACCCCUUAUAUUACUAAUUAUCUAAGCUGUUGACAUCCUUGUGUACUGUAUGUGUACAGGUGUGUGCUCUGAUAUUGUACGAUUAAAAAAAAAAAGAUAUUUUAGUCACAUAGUUUUUAUGUGAUCAGAUUUUACUCAUGUAAAUGUGAAGAAGCACUCGCGUUUUCUUUUUUUGAGAGGUUCGUUAUGAUGAAGCACUGUCACUGUUUUAUGGCAGCGUAACAUGAAUGUCUGUGAUGUGAUUUGCACAAAGUGGUUAAUACAUCAGUGCACAAGUCA